AUGGCUUGUUUAACUGAAAUUCAUUGUAGAGCAGCCAGUUUUCAACAAUCAACUUCUAAUUGCAAAUUAUUUACUGAUAUGUCGAAUGAAAUUACAAAUAUGGCGACCGAUACCGAUGUUACUACUAUGAUAGUUAUUGCUGGAACACGAUCUCCACCUGGUUAGUAUGGAUAUAGCAGAUUUAGAAAGAAAUCACUCUGAAAGCAUCGGUGACGAUGUAUUUAGCAAAGGAAGAUCCUUAUGUAUGUCUAAGGGACUUCCACGCUAUCAUGUGAGAUUUUUAAGUGCAUUAUAUCUAUCUGAAGUAUGAAACAAUUAGAUACUCUGACUGUGUUAGUAAAAAACAAUUCUAGUCAAAAAGAUUUUCUAAGAAAUCUGAAAAAAUGUUUUGUCAUGUAGCUUUCAAGAAAUUGCCAAAGUUAUACAGCAUUUUCAUUCUGAAUACUGUACAUCUUGUUUGAGUUGUGUAUUCGCUGUAUUUUCAUUGAAUCUUCCUAGAUCUCGUGCAUGAAUCAUAUGCAUUCUGUAUAGGGGGAAUCGGAACGAUGAGCACGGAACGUUAAGCACAAGGAACAAUGAGCACAGGAAAGUUAAGCACUAAUAAAAUAAAAUAAGUCUGAUCCCUUAUAAAAGAUCAAUCAAGGGUGUGGAGGAGGAUGAGGGUGGGUGUAAGUGUUUGUGACUGUAGG